UAGUGUGUCUGAUGGUCCAAAACGUUUUGAUAUUGUACUUAUUUAUAAACUCUGUUAGACUUCGGGGACCAGAAAGUUCUAUUGGCAGAGGUCGUGUGGAUGUAUUUUACAAUGGAGAAUGGGGAACAAUUUGUGAUGAUGGCUGGGAUUUAAACGAUGCUAAAGUUGUUUGUCGACAACUUGGUUAUGACUAUGCUGGCAGGGCUUUACUAGGAGGUGAUGUUCCACAUGGCAGUGGAAUGAUAUGGUUAGACGAAGUUCGUUGUGUAGGAAAUGAAAAUAAUAUUUCGAGUUGUUCACAUAGUGGAUGGGGAUCACAUAAUUGUACACAUGAUGAAGAUGCUGGUAUACAAUGUUCAGUUAUCAACUCUGUUAGACUUCGGGGACCAGAAAGUUCUAUUGGCAAAGGUCGUGUAGAAGUAUUUUACAAUGGAGAAUGGGGAACAAUUUGUGAUGAUGGCUGGGAUAUAAACGAUGCUAAAGUUGUUUGUCGACAACUUGGUUAUGACUAUGCUCAGGGCUUUACUAGGAGGUAAUGUUCCACAUGGCAGUGGAAGAAUAUGGUUAGACGACGUUCGUUGUGUAGGAAAUGAAAAUAAUAUUUCGAGUUGUUCACAUAGAGAAUGGGGAUUGCAUAAUUGUAGACAUUAUGAAGAUGCUGGUGUACAAUGUUCAGGCUAUAAGGAAAGAUCCUAGUGAUGGGGAAUCAUGUCAAAGAAAUACACUAAAAACCUAAUUCUAAUCGAAGAUCGUAAAAAGUGUCGUGGAAAAUUUGAAAGCUUAUGUAGAAAAUGCUGUAUGUUUGACAUUUUAUCCAUUGUUGAAAUGUAUCUGUAAUACAAAACUACGUGUAAACAAAUUGUAAUCAACCAUAUUAUCAUAUAAAGUAAAUGUACAUAAUAUCAUAAUCUAUAAAAAAGUAAAAUGAUGAAGUUUAAUUUCUGCUAAGAAUAAAAUAUUAUUGACAAAUCAAAUGAUUUACUGAAUUACAUUAUCUUUGACAAUUGACAAA